UUGUUUUGCGACUCUAAUGCGACGAACAGUCAUUUAGCUUCCGUCUGCCCCUGGACUAUUUACAAUUAUUCGUAACCCAUCUGAAAACAGUGAUAGACGAAAGUGCGAAGAAGUACCAUCUGUGAUAACGCAUUAGAAGCGCAGUAUCAACGUGACUAUGUUUAAAGUUCGGUACGCGUGAAAAAUUGUUAUUUAGGAUCGGCAAUGAGAUGUAGUGUUGAGUGUCUGUACAUUCCUACGCAGCUUUAAGGUUCAACUGAUUGGAAUUAGUUGCGUUGCGACCGUCGUCAGUCAGCAAUAGUCUCCAAAGUAUUAAGAGCGUGUAAAGUCAACGAACAGCGCCGUAAUCCGUAGCCAUAGUAAGAUGGUGAUAAGAAUCAUCGGUAGGGAAAAUUGCUGAUAACUGCACUUUUUGCCAGCGGUAAGCUGAAAACGACACCUUUGUACGAACCGAACUAGACGUAGUCCGGCGAGCAGCAGCAAUAAUGGAUGAAGUGAGUGGUUAUCUCGACGAAACGCCUACAGUGUCCAGCGACGAGCAAAAUAAGUUCGAGCGAAAGUAUCGUUACUUUAUCCUGGAACCGGCUAUUCUGUUGCUGUUCUACGCGUGGAAUGUGUCGUCGGCCGUCUUCACGAACCAGGUCGUGUACCAAGCAUGCACGGUCACCUUCCAACACAACGAAACCCUUUGUGCCCAGCUGGGCACAGAAAAUGAAACCCAGCCCGAAAUCGAAGAACUGGAACGGGAAGUACAACCGUACGCGGCCACCAUCCUGAUGGCCAAAUCUCUGAUCGAGUCCAUCAUUCCGGCAUUGUGUAGUAUGUUCAUCGGUCCAUGGUCGGACAAGUAUGGCCGCAAGCCGGUUCUGAUGUCUACGUUUAUCGGUUCAUUCUUUACGUACACCCUGGUGGCGGUGAUAUGCUUUCUGUCCAGUCAGUACGAGGUCGAUCCGUGGUAUUACAUUCUGGCAUACAUCCCGGCGGCUUUGUCCGGCGGAAACUGCGCCUUAAUUACGGGGGUGUUCUGCUACAUCACCGAUGUGACCAGUGAACAAAAUCGAGCAGUUAAAAUGGGUGUUUUGGAGGCAGCCAUCUUCGGAGGACUCCUGUUUGGAAUCCUUAGCAGUAGUUACAUCCUUCGAUGGACGAACGCGAUUACGGUAUUUGCAAUUGCAUCGGGAGCAAUUUUCCUAGGUAUUUUGUACAUAAUAUUCUACAUAGAGGAGAGCAUAAAGCCGGACGAGCUGGAUAACUCAACGAACAAGCUGCGGGAGAUAUUCCGCUUCGAGUUGGUUGGUGACCUGUUCUACACGUGUUUCAAACGAAGGCCCAACUUUGAUCGCAUGAUCAUCUGGCUGGUGAUAGCAGCUCUUGGGGCUAGUAUUUUCGCAUUGGAGGGUUCUGGAACGGUAUACUUUUUGUUUCUUCGAGAACGAUUCGGUUGGACCGUCAAAGAGUAUUCCUUCUAUGAUGCCACCGCCAUAGUGUUUAUGAUCAUCGGAAAUCUCGUCGCUAUUUACGGCGUAAAGAAGCUUUUCAAUCUAUCGGAGAGUGUCCUUGCGGCGAUCGGAUUCUGCAGUUAUGCCAUCGCCAGUGCUAUCCAUGCGAUAGCCUACGAACCGUGGCAUUUAUAUCUAGGAAUUGGAGUUUCGAUGAUGAAGGGUAUUGCUGGUCCUAUGGGACGAGCAGUAAUAUCAAAUACAGCCCCUCCGAGCGAUAUCGGAAAAAUAUUUUCACUGACGACGUCGAUCGAGUCGCUGACUCCACUGGCGUCGGCACCAAUCUACACCUACGUCUAUAAGCAAACCAUGUCGUGGUACCCGGGAGCGUUCAAUCUCAUCAGUGCGACGGUAUUCUUCUUCUGCUUAUGCCUUAUGCUUUUGGCACGAGUAUUCCAAGGAAUGUACCAAGCGACUACUUAUACGUCAAUAAAUUGAUGUGGCAAUGAAAACGUGUGAUUAAUAUGAUAUUAGGGAUAUUAUUUGUUAAGUUAAUGAUUUUUAGAUGAAACUAAUAAAUUUUAUUCUGUUUUAAAUUACCGAAUGGUUAAAACAUGAA